AUGGAUAUUAAAGAUACUAUUAACACCGAUCUAUCAGAUAAUUCUAUAAAAGAAAGACAAGAAAAUGCUACAUUAGAAGAUAAAAUACCAAGUGAACAUCUAGACAAAAUAGAUAAAACAGAAAAAGAUGAAAUUGAAAAAAUAAAUAAAAAUGAUUUAAACAAAGUUAAUGAAGAAAAUGACAAACAUAAUAGAACAAAUUUAGAUACUUCAAGUAACAAUAACAAUUUUAGUACUAAUGAAAAUGAAAUUAAUCAACAAAUAACCCCUGUUCCAAAUUUCAUUUCUGAUCAAAAUAGCUUAAUACCAAAUUUACCUGAGAAAAUAUCGGAAAAUCCUGCCAGUGAAAAUGAGAACGAAGUUAAUGAAAAAAAUUCAUCUACGAUUAUUGAAACAGAAAAAAAAGAUAAAGAUUUUCAAAAUAAUGAAAGUAAAAACCUUGAAAAGAAAAUUUCUAUAAAUGUAAAAUAUAAUGUUCCUCCCUCCCAAAAAGCAAAUAAUAGAGCUAACAGUAGUGAGCCAUUAUAUAUUGAAGUCAAGGGACUUUUGGAAGUACUUAAUGUUCAAGAUUUUGCAAAAAAUAUAGGUAUAAAAAAUCCAACUUUGAGUGGAAAAUCUGAGAAUCCAUUGACUAGUAAACGUUCAUACAGUGUCCCAGCUAAAGUAGCCUCAAAAAAUGUUCCUAAAGAUAUUAAUAAACAAAGUUAUAAAAAUGGAUCUCCUUAUAAAAUAGAAGGAUUACCUAAAUCAACGAACACACAAAAAAAACCUCCUUUAUUGCUUAAAAAUUCUUUAAAGCAAGCAUAUGUAGUGAAAAAACCUAUUGAUAGCAAAAGUGCAACUAUAGGAAAACCAUUAGAUACUAAUAAAGAAAAAAGUACUUUUAGAAUUUUACCAAAGAAAAAUAAUACUUCAAAUGAGUCAAAAAUACAUCCUAAAUCACUAAAUAAAUCAAACAUUGUUCCUUCAAAGGUAAUUUCUAAUGAAGAAAAAGAAAUAAAUAAUCCUUCUAAAACGGAAAAAUCAUUUAUAAAAACAUCACCUAAGGUUAUUCCUUUGUUAAACAAAGAAAAGAAUGUUAAGCAUAAAGUCCCAUUUAAAGCUUCUGCAAAAAAGACAUUAGAAGACAUAAAAAAUUCUUUAGAAAAAAAAAAUAAAGAAGUUCAUGGCUUUGAGAAGCCAAGAGAUGCUAUAAAUGAUCUUAAUCAAGAAAAAAAAAGUUCAUUUAUUUCUCGAAAAUUUGUAAUGAAACCAAAAUUUACAAUGAAAAGUAUUUCUCUGAAAAAAGAAUCUGCUAAGAAAGCAAAAGAUCUACUAGAUGCAAAAAAAAUGCUAGUAAAAAAACCAGUUUCCAAAUUAGUAAACCAACUAAAACCUAAAGAAAAAGAUAGAAAAAAAAAAAUACAAGAUAAGGAUACUCAAGAUAAAAAGGGAAAAUUGCUUAAAGAUUUAACAGAAAAAGAUGAUUUAAAAAAAAAAGAUAACAAAUAUAUAGAUCAAUCAAAAUCCGAAGGAGAAAAGGAAGUAGACACAAAAAGGGAAGAAAUAGAUGAAGGAAAAAAAGAAAUAAUUUCAGACGAUAAAAAUGAACCUGAGAUAAAAAAAGAGAAAUUAAAUAUAUGUGAAAAAGAGUCUGAAGCAGAAAAAGAAGAUAAAACAUUAGAUGACAAAAAGGAACCUGAAAUGGAAAAAGAAGACAUAGCAUUAGAUGAUAAAAAGGAACCUGAAAUGGAAAAAGAAGAAAAGAAAUUAGACGAUAUAGAAGAGUCUGAAACAGAGGAAAAAAAAUUGGAUGACAAAAAGGAACCUGAAAUAGAAAAAGAAAAGAAAUUAGAUGAUAUAGAAGAAUCUGAAACAGAGGGAAAAAAAUUGGAUGACAAAAAGGAACCUGAAAUAGAAAAAGAAGAAAAGAAAUUAGAUGAUAUAGAAGAAUCUGAAACAGAGGAAAAAAAAUUAGAUGACAAAAAGGAACCUGAAAUGGAAAAAGAAGACAUAACAUUAGAUGACAAAAGGGAACCUAAAAUGGAAAAAGAAGAAAAUAAAUUAGAUGAUAUAAAAGAAUCUGAAACAGAAGAAAAAAAAUUGGAUGACAAAAAGGAAUCUGAAACAGAAAAAGAAAUUCCAAAAAAUUCAAAAGAAAUAGAGAAAAAAAAAAUUGAUAUAAAAAAAAGCGUGGACUUAAAAUUAAAUAGAAAAGUUCCAAAAAAAAUUGAUAAUAUCUUAUUAAAAAAACAAGAUGUAAAAAACCCUCUGGGUUUAAAACAAAGGGGAGCAGUUAAAAAUAAUGCAAUUGCUUUUAAAUCAAAAAUAGAAGUAGACGGAAAUUCAAAAGAAAAAAAGAACUUUAAAAAUGAAAAUACUAGUGAUUUAGCAAAAAUUAGUAUUAAUAAAUUUUUACCACAAAGAAAAAUUGCACCAAUGAAAAAAUCCAUUGAUUUAAAAAAGGUUUCAGUAACUAAAAGUACAAUGAAAGAAGAAGACAAAAAAAAACAAGGAAAAAUGAUAAAUGGAUUAUUAAAUCCUACUGAAAUGAAAAAAGAUUUAAAAACUGAUUCAUAUAAUAAUAAAAACAUUUCUAAAACAAUCUCUACAACACUUUCAAAAAGCAAUAUUUCUAUUUUUAAAAAAAAAAUAUUGGGAAAGUCUAAAACUGAAGACAUUCAUGAAAUAAAAUCAAAUAAAAAUAAAACACCAUCUUCAAAAUCCGAAAACAAUGAAAAUGUAUCUGAACAAGAUAAAAUUAAAAAAAAAGAUGAACUAAAUGAAAAUAGAUUAUUUAAUAAAAAAGCAUUAUUUAAAAAUAGAAAAACCUUAAGUUCUAAAUUAUCAAAAUUAAAUGGCAAAUCUAACACCUCAUCUAUAAAAAAAUUAAGUUCUUUUGGUGAUAUCAAAAAUAAGAAAACGGUUUUGGUAAAGAAUGCAAUGUCAUCUAAAGGAAUUUUUGAAAAAAAUAAAGUUAAUGAUUCCUUAAAAGAAGCUAAACCAAUUAAAAAACUAAAAUCUAAAGUAACUAAGAAGAUAAAUAUGAGUGAUAUUCUAAAUAAAGAAGAUAAAUUAAUGAAGAAGAUUCCAAAAAAAAUAAAAUCUAUACCUUCACAAGUAAAACUAGAUAAAAAAAUGAGAAAAAUAAAAAUUGAAAAUUUGCCUAAAGGAACAAGUAAUAUACUUAAGAUGAAGGAUAAAAAGAUUCUAAAAAAAAGCAAAGUAAUAAAUGAUGACGAAAUAACUGAUAUAGAUAAAAAUAAUGAAUUAUCAGAAUAUGCACCAGGAAAAAUAAAAACCACAAAGGAUAAAGGAAAAAAUAACUAUUUAACUCCAAGAAUAGGAAUUCAUGAACCUAAAAACAUGAAUGAUCAGUUAAAUAUGUCCACUUCAAAUUCUUCUGUUAAACUUACACCACGUUCUAUUACUCCUUUUUCAUCUUCAAAAAGAUUAAAAAAAAAUAAAAAUAAAAUAGACUCUUUAAGCAUAGAUGAUGCUCUUAAAGAAAAAUUAAUAUAUAUGAAUGCAUCAAAAAAUCCCUUAGAUCCAAACAUGAAAGAUAUGCAUUUUAAAUAUAUACCUAAAUUAGAAUUACCUCAACUUUCACUUAUAAAUACAGAUAAAAUUAAUAAAAAAGAUGAAUCAAAAAGAAGAAACCAAAGUGUAGGCAAUCAGGGGUUAUCUAACUUAUAUGAAAAACCAUCAUUUAAUUUCAAUAGCAAUAAAUCGACAGUAUCUUUAAGAGAUUUAUCACUUCAUAUGAAUUUUAAUCCAUCCAAGGAAUUAAUUAGAGAAGGACCAUAUAUUCAUAUUAAUAAUUUACGUGAUCAAAAUACAAUAUUUAAAAAAGCAGAUAACGAAAAACAAAAUUCUAACUGGAUUUUUAGUAAAUGUUGUAACACAAAUAAAAAUAAGAAUUUUUAUGAAAGAAAAGAACCUAUUAUACAAAACUUUAGUUCUUUAUUUAAUGUAAAUAAUAAAUAUAUACCAUACGCUUAUACCUCUGAAGUUAUCGAAAAUCCAAGUAAUAACAUAAAAAUGUCUAAUAUAUAUGGAUCAGAUUUAUUCACAAGUAAUAUACGAAAUCAAGUACUUUUAAAUAAUAAUUGUAAUACAUCUGGAUAUAUGAAUAAUCCCAAUUUAAGUAAAUUUACAUUACGAUUAAAAAAAGUACCAUCGGGUAGUAGAAAAACGACUUAUUGUAAUUGUAUUUAA